GUGGCUUCUUUCCCUCCUCCCACCGGCGGAGGGAGACGCCAUUGCAGAGUUGUUUGUGAAGCAGCGCGGGGAGCGAGGCAGCUGCGCUAGGAGCAGUGCUGAGGCUUUUGGGGGAGGGGGCCACCGGGAGUCUUCGAUCAUCGGGGCGAGAAGAUCAUGUCCACUCCAGCCAGGCGGAGGCUAAUGAGGGAUUUCAAGAGAUUACAAGAAGAUCCACCUGUUGGGGUCAGUGGUGCACCAUCCGAAAACAAUAUAAUGCAAUGGAAUGCAGUAAUUUUUGGGCCUGAAGGUACUCCCUUUGAAGAUGGAACUUUUAAACUAAUAAUAGAAUUUUCAGAAGAAUACCCAAAUAAACCACCAACGGUUAGGUUUUUAUCAAAGAUGUUUCAUCCCAAUGUGUAUGCAGAUGGAAGCAUAUGUUUAGAUAUCCUUCAAAAUCGUUGGAGUCCAACAUAUGAUGUCUCAUCUAUUUUAACUUCAAUUCAGUCACUGCUUGAUGAACCUAAUCCUAAUAGUCCUGCCAACAGUCAGGCUGCACAGCUUUAUCAAGAGAACAAACGUGAAUAUGAAAAACGAGUUUCAGCUAUUGUUGAACAAAGUUGGAAUGAUUCAUAAGAAAUGACUUUCAUUAACAGACACCCCAUAAUCAUCAUGUACAAUUUAACUUGCGAUAGGAAAUGCUACCAGAACUCAAGUGCCACGUUUGACUUGCGUACAGAUGCAUUUGCAAAUGCUCUUCAGUUUCAAAACUUUAAAAGCUUGUGUACUUUGAUUAAUGUACUUUUUAUUGCAUGUUAUGACCUAAGUUAUUGCUACAUAAAUUUGUAAUAUAUCCUGUUUGUAUUUUUUUCAAAGUGUAUAAUGUUGGUGUGAAGUUUUCAUGACAGAAUAUACAUAUUUUGUAAAUCUGUACUUUUUUCAAAAUAUUGAAUGCCUUAUUUUUGAAUUCUUUAGAUUUUUAAAUUGGACAAAUCACUUAGAGUUUUAUAUAUAAAAUAUUUCAUGUAAAGCUGAAAUACAUAACCUCAGUGCAAGACA